CCACUCUUUAUUUUUUUUGUCCAAGAUCAAGUUUGAGCUCCUCAACAGUUCAGAUUCUUUUCAUUCCAAACACACAACAACAACAACAACAACAAACCAAAACAGAUGCCCGCACACGAGACCAAGGAGGAACAGGCCGAGCGCGAAGUCGCGGCGUUCGUCGAGCACAUGAACAACCUGCUCGCUGGUGACGCUGAUCUGGUCGAGGUCAUCCCGCUGGCCGACCCGAAGACGCUCUUCCACCAGUCGCACAACGGAUUCCUGCUCGCCAAGCUGCUCAACGCCAUCAAGCCGGGCACGAUCGACACGGGCAAGCUCAAGGCAAAGGCGCACAAGGACAACAUUUCCACGCCCGGAACCACCGACGCCUGGGACAUUGCCGCCAACAACAAUGCCUUCCUCGAGGCGUGCAAGAAGCUCAACGGCGUCAAGAUUGUCAACAUUGGCUCGGACGACAUUCUCAACGAGAGCGUCGACCUCGUCCUCGGCAUUGUCUGGCAGCUCAUCCGCUACCACUUGCUCGAGUCGGUCAACGUCGUCUCGCACCCCGAGCUCAUCCGUCUCCUCGAGAAGGGCGAGACCAUUGCCACCUUGCUCGAGCUGUCGUCCGAGAAGAUUCUCCUCCGCUGGUUCAACUACCACCUCAAGCGCGCCGGCCACAAGCGCACCGUCAGCAACUUUGCCAGCGAUGUCAGCGACAGCGAGAACUACAUUGUGCUCAUGAAGCAGAUUGCUCCCCGUCGCUGCGACCACGAGCUGCUCGACGCUGCCCUCAAGCUCUCGGCGGCCGACGGUGACAACUACCUCGAGAGCCGUGCCACCGCGGUGCUCAAGAACGCCGAGCUGCUCAACUCGCGCAAGUUUGUCACCGCCAAGGACAUUGCGCACGGCAACGCCCGCCUCAACCUGGCCUUCACGGCCACCCUCUUCAACAUGAACAUUGGCAUCCGUCUGCCUUCCGAGGAGGAGAUUGCCGCCAUUUUCGACGAGCUGGACGCCCUCAAGGCCAAGGUUGCCGAGCUUGAGGCCAUCAUUGCCAAGGGCGAGCUCGAGGCCAAGCGUCUGCAGACUGUCGGCGAGACGCUCGAGGAGACGUUGCACAGCGAGCGCGAGGCCAACAAGCAAAAGCUGGCCGAGAUGAAGGCCGCGCUUGACGAUGUCACCUCCAAGUUUGCCUCUGGCGCAAGCUUCUCCACCCACCUCGAAGGCAAGCUCAAGGAAGCCGAGGCCAAGCUGGCCGCCCAAGAAGAGGCCGCUGGCAAGCAGGCUGACGAAAUCCGCCGCCACCGCGACAUGCUCCGCGAGGCCCUUGCCCGCCACGGCAGCAUUAUUGGCGAGCGCGACGCCCUCGAGGCCCGCCUCAAGACUCUGACGGAUGCCCAUACCCUCCAGAAGCGCCAAAGCGUGCUCGCCGCCGAGGACCUGCCCCCGUCGUCUCCCUCCCCGUACCAGGUGUCGCAGAGCGGCUUCAUCUCGCUGGGCCCGCACGAUGCCCUUGUUAACGACUUGCUCGGCGGCUAUGCCUCGGCCCUGGCCCGCGCGCAGGACUCGGCCACUGCUUACCGCAACCAACAGGACGCCACAACGCUUGGCCUGAUGGAGCUCGUCCAGACUCACCUCCAGCAAAUCAAGCUCGAUGGCGUUGAUCCCUCGGCCGUUCUCCAGGCGACCCUGUCUGGCCAGCCAUCGCUCGAGGCUCUGCGCAAGCUCAUCAUCCAGUUGAUGGAGCUCAGCAAGGCUCAAGCCGUCAAGAUUACCACGCUCGAUGCUGCUCUCACCAAAAAGUCCCAAAUGGUCGAACUGAUGACUGUCAAGGUCCGUGAGAUUGCCGAAGAGCUCAACGCCCACAAGAAGGUUGCCGACCCCAAGAAGAAGUAAUUUCUACUUUUCUUGGACGGAUUCUUUUGUUGUUUUUUUGUUCUUUGGUUUUUUUGUUCAUGGUUUGCUGUUGUCAAAAUGUUGUACAUGAGAAAAAAAAAACGUACCUCGCUAUUGCAUCC